AUGAACGAGAGCCUCAGACCAUCUAUGUGGAGGCCUUUGGGAGCUGUCGGCGCUGCCACCGAUGCUGCCACCGACGCGGCGUCGUCGCCGCACGCGAAUUCACCAACGCAGAAUACCGGGUCAUCGCCCCCAUUUGGGAUUGAUCCUCCUCGUCCGCCGCGCGAAGGGUACGAUGUUUCUAGCUCUAUAAGAGAAGUCCUCCGCGGAGACACACCGCCAGCCUCGCCCUUGAUGCCGUUCACCACUACCUGCGACAAUACAUGGAUAACAAAUACAUUCCCAGGCGGCGAAGCGGUGCGGGUGAGCACUCCCCCGAUGGACGAAGACACAGCAGAUGGCAAGCCGCGCGGCUUCUUUGGCCCGUUGACACCACCGGAGUCCGAUACAACUGGAUCGCAGACUUACCACACUCCCAUGACUUCUACGUAUGCUAGUCCGAAAUACAACGCCCACCGCAUGAGCGUAGCCAUCCCGUCGCGAGAGUGGUGGGAAGGAAAGCUCCAGAAGCCGACUCGACACAAAGACAUGAACUGUGCCACCAAAUUCGAGUUUGACGUCCCCGAACAUCUGCCCAAUAGUCCUAUGUGCCCAGCAAAUGUGCGUCAUAAAUCUGGCGGUUCUGGCUUGUGUGUCUAUCAUGGCCGGAGGAGAGCGCUUUCUACAGCUGGCAACGGAGGCCCCAAGAGACAUGACUCGAACAGCACCAGUUAA